AUGCCCAACCCACCCAAAGGCUCCGAGGCCUGGAAGGCCCAGGACAGAGGCCCUGCCAUCAUUUCAGUCUGCUGGAUCUUCACUGCUCUCAGUAGCAUGUUCGUUCUGUCUAGAGUAUAUGUGAGGUUGCGGUUCGUCGGCAGGCUCUACAGCGACGACUACUUCAUCAUACUCGGAUUGAUUUGCGGCUAUGUAUCAACAUCGCUUUCGACUCUGGCUGUUCUCUCUGGUACCGGCAGGCACUUGGACGUGCUCACCCUGGAACAACAGCAGAACAACAUGCUCUGGACAACAGCCGCGCAAUGUCCGGGCAUCAUGUCAUUCAGCCUGCCCAAGCUGGCAGUCAUCAGCUUUCUGACGCGGUUGCUUAACCCGGGCGUCUUCCACAAGUGGUUUCUCUGGUGGAUGGGAAUAUGGUGCCAGCUGACACUGGUGGCCACUGUUGGGCUUCUGAUCGGACGUUGUACGCCAGCACGCUCGUUGUGGGACUUUUCAGUAGCAGGCACCUGCUUCAAUCCCAGUGUUCUCAUCAACUAUUCCAUCUACGCCGGUACCUUCUCAGCGUUUGUAGACGUCUACCUUGCUGUAUACCCGGCCAUUGUACUAUUCAAACUCCAAAUGCGCCUCAAAAAGAAACUCGCCUUGUCUUGCGCGCUGGGAAUUGGGACAGUUUCGGGCGUUGUGGCCAUAUAUAAGACAACUCGGUUGCCAUUACUGGCAAGUGCGGACUAUUCCUGCAAGUGUUUCUCGAACCUAUCCCUUCUGCUUAGCAUGGGUACUAAUACCGGCGAUGCAACAGACGAAACCCCUGAUUUGGUAGUUUGGACUGUGUAA